AUGAGUAAUAGUAAUCCUCAUUAUCUCCCCGACCCCCACCUGGAUACCAAUCGAGCGAUCAAUCAUCUGGCUUCACAACAAUCUCCAAAAAACAAUCUUCCGGUAUCUCAGCAACAGAAGCGUCAGCACAGCUUAUCCAAUUACAUGCCCAACAACUCCAACAAGCGGAUGCCCAACCCGACUCCACUGGCUACUCCUUCCCAACAACCUUCCUCCCAAGACCAUCUGUUUUCUUCCACGGCAGCAGUGACGUCUCAACACCAACUGCAACAACCACAAUCACUGCUGCGCCCACAAAACCGAAACAGUUUCCGCCGCAGCGUCUUGCAACAGCAGUAUCCGUUGGGAGGAGCGGUCGCCGGCAUUAACCUGACUAAGACCCCCACUCCUCUGUCGUAUGAGGUUCCGUCAUCUCCCAACGUAAACCAGUCCUUAUCCGUCCAGAAUAUAUCGGACCUGCCGGACUCUAAUCCACCACAGGAUCAUCAACAGGGGACGUCCCAACCUCAGGGUCCCGUCAAGGACUCGUCGCAGUUGCUGGAUCCUGAAGGAAAUACCUCAACAUUCCUGGCGGCCCCUACCGCCAGCAACCAUCUGGCCACCACUGCCACCAAAGCCUCGCAGCCCCGAGAGAUGACCGAGGAGGAGCAGCAAUUGGCUACCAAGUUAAAGGAUACCUAUAAGAACAUUGUCAACUAUGAAGAGAUUGUGCAGAAGAACUGUCUUGAGAUCUCGCUUAAGAUCUCCCAGUUCACCAACAACUCACAUUCGAUGACAUAUGGUAAUUCUCCCAUAGUGGGGAUAGCCCAGGGACUUGCCCAGCUGAGCCCAGCCCUCAUAAACAACGUCAAGUCAUCGGAGUUACUGAAUGAACUCUGGAACGUUUACCAUAACAACAUCUCAUUGUUAGAUAACUACACCGACUUUCUCGUGACGGCAUUGAAACCUACUUCAAACGACCAGCGAGACCAUUUCAAGACCGGCAAGAACAUUGUCGACUUGUAUAAGAUCCCAAGACGAAUGUGGGUGUAUGGAGUGGUUGCCUUUUUGGAGGUGUUGAAAAAUAUCAUUAACAUUUUUCAAGAGCAUGAGAUUUGCCUGAGCUUCAUCGGGCACUGCUUUACGAUCAUCUCCAAUUUGACGGAUCCAGUGUUGGAUAUGGAAGGCUGGUGGUCGGAAAAGUUGGGUGACUUAUCUAGAAUGGCCAUUGCUUUGUACAGCUCCAGAUUCAUUGAUUGGAAAGUAAGUGCUGAACAUUGGUACUUUAUUGCCAUGAGAACCUUAUACGGUCAUGGAAAGAUCUAUUACCACAUGUGUACUGUUCAGCAGGAUAACUUGGAUGCUUUAGUCAAUAUUGGUAAAUCGGUCAUUUGCAGAGAUCCAUUUGUACCCACUCAGCAGUAUUUAAGAUUGGUGGUGGAGAAUAUUUGCACCCAAAGAAACAUCUUGUCGAUACUUGAAUUGCCAAUUAUAGAUUUCAUCAAGAUUCAUAAGGUAUUAUUGAGUAUCAACACCAACCAACUCAACAGUAACAAAUCUGGAAGCAACUCCAACAAUGGUGAAAACAACAUUGAAAAUCUUCAUGAGACCCAAUUACAAUAUGGUAUUGACUUGGUAUCAAGAUAUGGGAUCACUUUUGGUUCAGACUCAAAUGGCUACAACUUCUUCACAAGACAGUUAUACACUCCCAAUGGCGUUACCAACACCAGUGACCCAAGAACUCCAUAUUAUUUGCAACAACAGCUUUCACCUCUGUCACAAAAUGGCAUUAACUCUCUUGAGAAGUUAAACUUUUGGUUGAACAAAGGGCCACUAUUUGCCAUCGCCAAUAUAAAUCAUAUUGUCGGACUUGGUGACCUGAAAAAUCCGUUUGCAAAGAUUUUCUUAUUACCUGAAGCAUUAAAAGAAAGAAAAGACAAAAAAGACAGAAAGAGAAAAUCAAAAUCUUCAAUCGCCGAAGACUUUGCAAACGCUAAUUCUAGCUCCGUAAAUUCACUGACGAUUUCUGCAUCUGAAAUCUCUGAAGCAGAAUGGGUCUACUACUUGAAGGAUAUAAACAAGUCGGUUUUAGAGUUAUCGGUUAGAAUAUUGAAGCAUUAUUUAGUGGGGCCAAUUGAAGCUUCAUAUGGCCAUGUCAUUAUCUGGUUGUACUUUUUAAUUGCUGUUGGUGAAGCUACUGAAAAGCAUCCGGAAAGUAAGCCACUAUUCUUUUGGUUAUUCAAGUAUAUUUUCCCUUGGGAUUUAUUGAUCAAUUACUUGAAUACUCUUUUGAUUAUGGUGAAAUCUAACGACAUGUUGCUCAAGCGAUGCAGGGAUCAUAUUUUGAACACCCCUAAUUAUAUCCAAUAUUUCAAUGACCAUGAGAACUUGGCUGAAGUGUGGAAAUGUUGGGGAACACUAUGGUUUGACUUCAUUUCGGCAAAAACAGAUUAUUGCGAGUUCGACAAUGCCGGUAUUUCGGAUUACAACAUAUUUGACUUGCCAGUUUCUGGAAUAUCUGCCAGUCUUAGAGCAGGUAAUAAUCUAGAGAAUUUGAAAUCUAAAGAGUCUCCAAACUUCGAUGAUAACAAUAUUGCUGAAAACAACGACCGUAUCAUCAGAAUCAUUUUACUUUCCAGAUACCUUGCUGACCACUAUGAAUUUGGAUUGGUAAGAUCUCACGAUGGUUUCAAGUAUUGGGGUGAUAUUGUUCCUUUGUUCUCUGAAUUUGUUCCACAGGAGGUCGAGUUUGUUACUUCGAAUUUCCUUUAUGGCGAUAAUCGGUUCAUCAGUCACAGUUUCUUUGAUAAAUUCAGUGAUGAAAACGCUUAUACAUUCAACGAACGUAUAAGUAUCGAUUCAUUAGAUGAUGAAUGGUUUGAAAGAAACGACAGUUUGUCAAUGUUUGACAGCCAAGGUCCAGGUGAGAGUAGAAACGCUGAACUUGGAGAUGCCAUGGAAGAUUUUGGAGAGGACCUUGAACAGGAGAGAAGAAACAAGGAGCUCGAAGAUCAGGUGAACAAGCUUUACAAUCAACAGCACGAAGUAUUAAAAUCCAACUUGAACGAUGACGAAUUCUACAACACUAACUUUAUGAUUAACCCUGAAAAUUUAUCCAUAAUCAGCGAAAACAACCUUGGUACCAAUAAUGUGGCCAGUAGUUUAGUCGAAGGCAAUUUGGGCGAUCGUAUGGAUACCAGCUUGACGUACAUAACAUUGGAUACCAACAUCUGGUUGAAACAUUGUGGUAGAAUCUUCAAAUGUAUCAGAAAUGGAGUGUUCAAGAUUUUGAUUCCAUUAAUCGUAUUCCAAGAGUUGAGAUCCCUCCGAAAGUCUAGCGAAGUCACAAUUGCAGAUGCGGCUACCCGAUCUGUAAUCAUCAUCAGAGAGUUACACUCUGCUCAAGAGCUUUUGCCUUUGAGAUUCGAUGGAACCAUAGCAUCGGAUAUCAACGAAACCACUGAAUUCGAAAACAAUUCCAACUGGAGAGCCAAUAUUGACGAGACCAUCAUGAAGGCAGUCAAUGAGCAAAACGAAAUCAGUAGAAAAGUCUUGAGAGGAUUAAAUUCCACUAUAGCUGGAAAGUUACUUGACACAAAACUUUCCAAAAGCUUUUGCUACUGUAUUUUGAUCACCGAUGACAGAAAUAUGAGAUUGAGAGCCAAGACCAUCGGAGUAACUAGUUUUCAAAGCAAGUGGCUUUUCUCCCAAUUGGAAGGUAACUUCUACAGCAAGUGUAUUGAUUAG